AUGAACGAUUCACAAAGCGGAGGAGGAAGAUGGAAAUUUCUAAAAGGAAAGCUUGGAUUAAAAUCGAUGACAUGCUGUAGUGGUGGAAUAUGGGGUUUAGGAGCAGCAUCAUCAAACAUGAGAGUCAGAGAAGAGGAAGAAGAUGAUUUAGAAAUGCAAUUAACGGAACAUGUAAUUGAUGUGGGUCCUACUAAUGGUACAAGUACAACCACCGGUGGUAGAGAUUGUGUUCCUCGUUCAGCAUCUGGUAUCAAUUUGGCCAUGGCAUUAGCAGCCGAAAGACAUUAUAGAGCAGCACAAGAAUCUGAAGUGGGUCCUACUAGUAGUAGUAGUAGAAGUACAUCAAAUAAUGCUAUAACAACUGGUACACCGAUGAGAGUAUCACUAAUGAGAUUGCUUGAAGAAGGGGAUGGUAUAGAUUUUGAUGAGGAUGAUGACUUUGAUGAUGAAGAUGAAGAAACGGAGAAAGGGAAUGAUAAAAAAGGAGGAUUGGGCAGUGAUGUUAUGUGUUGCGUGUGUAUGAGAAGGAAAAAAGGUGCGGCUUUUAUACCAUGUGGCCAUACAUUUUGUCGUGUUUGUUCCAGAGAGCUCUGGUUAAAUCGAGGUUCUUGUCCACUUUGUAACCGUUCGAUUCUUGAGAUUCUUGAUAUCUUCUAA